AUGGCUUCGCCCGACGGACCUCCCUUGUCCUUGCGACCGUUCCCCGUCGCUGACAAGGCCCCCCGAAACCUCGCCGAGUUCAUCGCGCGCGUCAAUACACAGUCCGGUGGCUUUCGUGAUGUGACAGAGAACAAACUUCAAGAUGAGAUCAAAUCCAAUCAAAUCGUCAAUGGGGCCGACUCCGACCAAGAGGAUGUGGAUAUGUCCGACCUAGGCCACGACGAGGAGCCUGUGAAAGAUGCUGCCGCUGUGCGCAUGGAUGUCUUGAAGAAUAUAGAGAUUGCCGGCAACACCGCUAUGCUAACCCUCGAUUCCCUCUCCCUGCUCUUAUCGAAGCAAAACCCAACCCAGGCUGGCUUGACCCUUUCUCAGCAGCUACGAGAAAUGGUGGGCAUAGGGACCUUGGGUGCCGAUAAACUGGACGAACCAAUAUUGAACGCCAACAAGGAAAAGGAGGAGGAAGAAGUCGCCACUGGGUGGACGCUCAUGCAGAUCAACCAGGCGCGAGAUGCCGCCUACGAGGCUGGCAAGUUCCUGCAACGAGAGGUCGAUGCGGAGACUUCUCCCGAGUUCAAGAACAACGGCCUCGCCCCCAUGAGAAGAGGCGACAGCGGCUCAGUAGAGCUUGACCUCGGACGGCUAGGAGGUGUAUCAGAAGGACUAGUAGUCACAUACGAAAAAGACGGCCAGGUGGUUGGCCGAUCGGUUCCCCGUCGCCGCGCCCAUGACGACACCUCCUUGGAGUCCCGUGUCCUUGAGGCCCGAAACACCAUCUUUUCUCAAGAGCUCUGGCACGAACUGACCCGCGAAGCCCGCACGUUGGCGGCAUACGGCGUCCGACCAGAAGGCUCAACUCUAACCUGCUCCGUGGACGACUCCUCCAAGAUCAUACUCGAACUCCUACCCCUCAAUUCGUGCCCAGUGGCCGACGACUCAUUACCCGACAACGCCAUUGCGGAAGCAAUCUUCAUCUCCCUCCACGUCCUCCUCAGCUACGCCCACCGAUACAACGAACUCAUGAGAAUCCGCCCCAUACCACCGCACAUCUCCCGCUCCCGCGGCCAGCAAGCCUACGCCCUCCUCCGCCCCGUCGUCACCUGCAUGGCAUCCAGCCGCUCCAUCCUCUCAUGCACAACCUACAUCGGCUCCAUCACCAAGGCCCUCCAAAAGUCCGGCCUGCCAGCCUCAUUCACCCUCAGAACAACGCACUUCUCCGUCGCCGACCCCUCAUCUCAGGGACCAAACCAGCUGGCCGCCGCGCAAUCCCUCAUCCGAAACAUCCUCCAGACGAUAGAGUUCAACAUUGCCUUCACCAUCCUCCCCAACGCAUCACUCACCAUCCGCGGCCGCACGUUUCUCUUCCCCGUCACCACGACAUUCUAUCAGGUCGCCCUGCCCCCGUCCUCCACCCUGCAGGGUAUCCCCCCCCCCUACGCAGACGGCUACUCCAGCUCCAAGGCCCUCUUCAGCUACAUCCGCACCACUACCGAGCGUGCCGUAACCCUCCACUUCUUGAACUCCUUAUCCGCGUCCCCGAAUCCACCGCAGUGGAUACAGAGAGGCACGUCUAUCCGCGACCCCGAAGACGAUUCCCGCGCGCUGCAGUUCACGAUUGCAGAGCGGCCCGUCGCGUUGGUGCUGACGAGCAGCUUUUCGAACAAUCCCAAGAGGGAGACCAAGUCAUGGACGUACUCGGCCCAUCUGGACAGCGAGUCCACAAAGCUAGAGGACGUGGUGGCUCGGGAAACAAGCAGGCUUAGGCCUUAG